CUACGUUCUUGUGUUUCUACAAACAGACAAAAACACGUGGAACUACGCUGCAYCGGAAAUCCGCCAAGUCCUUAACCGGAAGUAAUUAUCAACCAAUCACAAGUGGUAUAGUGAGUUUUAAUCACUUGAAGGACCAAUAGACGCUACUAGUUGUUUAGCCUGGCCGUGGUAACUAGGCAACGCAAGACGCUUAGAGAUAUAUAACAGCUCUGAUUUCAGAAAACAUAAAUUCCUUAGCUCAGAGCCAUACAAAGGAGAAUUUAGAGUUCCUUAAGGAGCUUUCUUCGUUGAGCUUUUUUCUUAACUUGUCCUUGAGAAUUCUUCAGGAAAAUGACAACGCAAUCGUUCGUCGAGACCGCCAAGUAUUUGUCGUCGUCUUCGUUCGAUCCACCUUCGUAUCUACGGCCAACAGGAGGUCCCUACGAGACAACAUACACGGCUUCGUUCCAAGGAAUCAGACCUCACACUACACCAUAUUCCAUGAGACCAAUCACGCUUUCAAGAUCUUAUGAAUUCCCUUCUAAAAUCCUUCAAGGAUCUUCCAGUGGGUUGGAGCAUCUCCCUUAUACAGCCGUAAAUCAACGCGCGAUUCAUAAGUACAGCCCCCAACAAUGGCGUUCUUCGAACCUAUUGAAUGUAUCUUCUGGUGAGAAAGAAAGAGCAACAGCUGAGAGGCUCAGAGAUGAGUGUUCUAGGCUCCGCACGGAGACGUCUCUCCGUACUCACCGCACGCAAAUGGACGUCAACAAGAAGCUUGACAACCGCAUUCACGAUAUAUCGUACUGGAAAGCCGAGCUUGAGAAGCAACACAAUGAAACAGUAGCAGAGAUCAAGGCCCUUCAAGCUUUUAUUGGACGUCUCGAGAAAGCCUUGGCUGCCACAGAAAAACCUCUGAAUAUCGCUCAGCAGUGCCUUGGGUUUAGAGAGAGGAGAGUUAAGAUUGACUUGGUACACGAUAGUGUAGAAAACCAUUUAUCCAAGGAAGUCGAAAUGAUUGAAAAUGUUCAAGCUUUGUUGAAGAAAACAAUGGAUCAGGCACACGAACAGCUUUGGCUUUUACGUAACGCGAAGACCCAGCUGGAGAAGGACUUGGGCGACAAGUAUGGCGCUUUGGGUAUCGACGGCAAGUGCUCCACUCUGAAUAACUUUUCUAAGGAGAUUCACUUCGCUCCCCAUUCGGUUACCAUUCAGCAACAUUCAUUCACACCUGAUGAAUGGGAAGCUUAUUCUUCAGAAAACAUUGCAAAAGCAGAACGCGAAAGAAAAGCUUCAGUGGCUCUGCGUUCAGAGAUCAAUGGCAUCCUCAUGCAGACCUAUGUUGACUUGAAGAACAUUUACGAGACUGUGAACAACGAGUUCUCUAAGCGCAUCCAAGACACGGACGCCGCAAAGAAGUCUUUGGAGAAGGAACUUGCAAGGGUUAUGGAUGAAAUAUCCUCAAUGGAGAAUAACAUCAGGGACCUUAGGAUGGCAAUAGGCGAAAAGGAAGCUCCACUCAAGGUGGCUCACACUCGACUUGACAAGCGUUCUAUCCGUCCAAACGUCGAGCUCUGUCGUGACCCCGUACAGUACCGCCUCGUGGGAGAAGUGGGUGAGAUCAAUACCUCUAUUGAUCGUCUCAGGAUGCGACUAGCUGAGGCAGAGGGUUCGAUGCAGGCGUUGGUCCGCAAUAAGGAAAAUCUUGAAGACGACAUCGAGGUCAAAACUAACAGCUUGUUUAUUGACAGAGAUCAGUGUAUGGUAAUCAGACAACAAGUCCGCCACAUCUCUCACUGAUGUCAACAAACUGUCAAUCAAUGAACUGUCAAUUAUUUGAAAUUCUUCUGAUUUCCUCAACACUUGAAGGGGUUUUCGAAGGGUUCAUUUUGGUACAACAACUUAAUUGCGUGCAUGAUAUACAUUUCCUUAAUUAGACAAUUUCAACAAAAACACUGUAAUUAUUAACGAUCUUAACCGGCUUGCAAACAUGAAAACUCCUCGGAUAAAGCAGUAUAUGUAAGAGAAUUUCUAUAUUGUCUGAUGCACAAUGGAUAAAAAUAUUUAUGCGAAAUCAGUGGCGUUUUGAUAUUAAUAAAUAAUAAACAUAUAACUAUUACAGCUUUUCACGAUGCAAUAAGGAGGCUCUGGGUAGUUUUGGUCUGGCACACCUAGCCGCAUGGAAACGGCUACAACUUCGUUUUGAAUAACUAGCCUACAACUCGCCUACGACAGACGCGAGCGUGUUGUAUACGAUAGUUGUAGGCGAAAAUCGUACUGUCUAAACCGGCCUUUAGAGUGGUUUCCUUUAGCCCGUGAAACAAUCGUAUAAUUAGCUAGUAACAGUCGAAGUAAAACAAAAGAAAAUCAUGGAUUUAGGUUCUACUUCUAUGCAUUACGUUUUUAAUUACUAUCCUUUCACGGGCCAAGUAAAAUCACUUUAACUGCAUUAACAGUGAAUGAUUACAUUGAGAUUUUUGAGAUCAAAAAGCAAAUGUUUCGGGAUCGUAUUGCGUCAUGAUUGGUUACCGACGCCAUUAUUCCCGAGAAAAUAUCGAUCUUUCUCGAGUAAGUAUUGACCAUUUUUUAUAAUGAAGUAUAAAUGGUUGUAAAUAACGAUUGAAGUUAUGAAUUUCAGCUGGGUUGAGAAGUCGAGUAUUUCAACUCUCGAUUAGACAAAUCGAAAUAGCAAUUUAACAAGUUUUUACAGAUGAAAACCUCGACUUCUGAAUCAGUUUAUGUGUAUAAAUUGCAAAAAAAAUAACAGAAAAAAGCUUGAAAACACACUGACUUGAUGUAAAAAUAAGAACUCAUUUUUAAACUGCAAAGUCAAACAAGCGUGAUGUAUUAGCCUAACAAUUUAAGAAAUGUUGAUAUUGUGUGAUAUCGUUUGAUAACUUCUUUAGAUUCUUUAGAUGCGUAUCACCAAGAGACCAUAAAUAUUUAUGUACUCUUGGUAUCAAUGUUUAGAUGUCACAAGAAGGGUUCUCCAUCAAUUGAAGUUAUUAAAACAAGAAAGUAAUAACUAUGAAAAAAAGUGUUUUUCCUUUUUUCUCAGAUGGUAACAAAUUUGGAGAAUCCUCUCGGGCAUAAAUAGAAUCGUCUUCAAAACUCACAUUAACAAUAGUAAUAUUUAAAAACUUAUGUGGAUCUAUGAAAGCUUGCAUGUUUUUUGAAAAUUGAAAAAAUAAAAGAUUUACCAAGAA